AUGCCAUUAUCAGCUUCUCGACAACUAAUAUCCCCCCCAAAAUGGUGUCCAUCCUGCUCGUUAGCUCUAUUCCGAGCUUUCGCCUCAGUCUGCGGAACAACAUUACCCAAUACACAAGCCCGUCGAAUCGGAAGAACUGGAUAUCGUCAACUAAGUAACCUGAGCUCAAAGAAUGGAGGUAGAUUUCAUAGGAAUAUAAGAAUUGAUGGGACGGCAUAUUCUGGUUUUGUCAUCACACAGCAGCAGCAGCAGCAGCAGCAACGAUCAUUUAGUAGUUCGAAAAAGGAACUGGGAAAUGAUGGAGAUUAUGAUGGAGAAUUCGAUCCUACACCCGAGGAGAUUAAAAAAACGGAUGAAGAGUGGGAGAAAAGUCCGUUGAGGGAUAUACUUCGCGGGAUACGGGAGGAUGUUGAAGAUCCUUUGUUGCAGAAGAAGGUGGAAUUGUUGGAGGCGGAGACGAUGGCGAAUAUGAUACGGAAUACGGCGUUUAAGGAGGGGGGAGAGCAUUCUGAGGAGGUACCUGAAGGGCAAGAUGGUGAGGAGGUUAAAAAAGAUAUAUUGGAACGGUUGGAUAGGUUGAAGAAGAGCGCUGGAGUUAAGAUGGAGGCAGAGUUGGAGGAGUCUGAUAAAGAACCGGAGCUGGCGAGUGCUAUAACGGAGUCUGAAACUGAUGCCAGCAUUUCGAUGGGUAUUCCUGAGGAGGAUCUUGAGGGUUUGAAUGAGGCAGUAGAAGAAGACCUCGAAUUUAUAGAAGAAGACAUCGAAAAUAGCCUGGAAGGUAUUGAGGGAAUUGAAGAAUCAGAAAUCCGUGCCGAAGAGGAAGACGAAGAAGACAUAGAAUACCGAUCCUCAGAACCUGCUGCACCAUCCCCAGCCUCAGAAGGAACCCCAUGGUAUCUUCAAUCGCCUCUACAACCCGCACCUCGCCGAUUCGUCUCUCCACUCAUCGAACAAAUGCCCGAUCUCCCACCAAACCCACCAAAAAAUCUUGAUACACUUUUAAACUACCUUAUCAAAGAACUCUCGCUUUCUAAGAUCAAAAUCAUGGACUUGAGGGAUCUGGAUCCAACACCCGCACUGGGGGCUAAUACUAUUAUGCUCAUUACUACUGCAAGAUCGGAAAGACAUAUGACUAUUGCAUCAGACAAGUGUGCCAGAUAUAUGCGGAGUAUUCUAGACGGAUCGGAAAUCUAUGCGGAUGGAUUAAUUGGUCGUGGGGAAAUCAGACUCCGCGAGAGACGUGAACGAAGAAAGGGGAAGAGACGAACUGCAGAAGAUGAGGAAGCCAUGAGGGUCGGUUGGGUCUGUGUCAACUCUGGCCAAGGAAUUGUCGUUCAAAUAAUGACAGGUUGGAGAAGAGAACAGCUAAAUCUGGAGGGUCUCUGGUCCAGAAAAAUACACACUUCGAUGAAACGGAAACUAAAAUAUAGGUUACUGGCAGAAGGUCUGAGCGAGGACGAGGUUAGGGAGACGGUGGCCCGGGAGCUUCCAGAACGAUUGGAUAUGGCGCCGGAGUACGAUGCUCAAGAGGACGCAAUUGAGGCGAGGAAAGUAGAGGCCAAGCUCAUUGUGUCUGAAGUCUUACCACCCUUGGAAGACCCCUCGAAGGUCGGAUUGGAGGAAUUUAAUGAUGUACUCAAGGUUGUUGAGAUGCAUUCGAAAUCGAAGAAGAAGCAGGAAGGCAAGAGGUAUAUCGACAUACCUGCCGUGAAACAGAAGAAGCUCACAUGGAGAGAGAAACAGAAACAGUUGGAAGCUGUUUCAUUCUCUACAAAGCGUGCAUUCUCGACUAGCGCAAGGCAAUACAGUACACUCGUGGAGGCUACUCCGACUGUGGAUCUACGAUCGAUUCUAAGCCCAACUUACUCAGAGGAGUUGACUACAGAGGAAUUGGUAAGACAGGGAAGAUACGAACAGGUCCUUAAGGCAUAUCCUCGUCCUCGGACUGAUGCGCAAGCCACAUUAGUUUUGCUCGCUCACCUUAACCACCUCCUCCUAAUGCCACGAGGCAUCGCUACUACGACUCUUUUGUCUUCUGAUCCUAAAGAAAUCUAUUCUACUCCCUUCUUUAAGUCCUUUAUGCUGUCUUUCCCGAAGAGGCCUGCUCCGACACAUAACCAUAUCCGCACGCUCGUCCAUAUCGCCGCCCACAAUAUCUCACCGCUAUUAUACCCUAUCAAAAAGUACACCCGCAUGCCAUCCGAAAUUCUUCAAGGCGGCAAUCAAGUCCCACUUGUCACUUACCAUACCAUCCUUCGAGCACUCGCGACCUCCCCGGCUCUAAGAGGAGACCAUCCUAAGUCUCUAUCCUUCUGGACGAAUCGUACCAGCGAUACUCUCUCCGUCAUGACACUUUACAUCCUUCGCAAGAUGGAUGUCUCAGGCAUUGACGUCGGGCAUGAUCCCGAAGUUUUCGAGAGCUUAUGGUUAGCCAUGGCCCCGCAGGAUACUCUGGAAUACAGUACUACACUGGGCAAUGCACGUCUCAGAAGUGAGCCGAUAAAACACGAUCAGCCUUUCAGUAGAGCUGUAGAUCAUAGAUUGGAUCUAUACAAACAAUUUCAUCGGAGAUGGUAUGAUCCUUUCCAGUUCAUACCGGUGGAGUGCAGCUAUUUCAGGGGUCCAGCGGUGGAGGAGGAAGUUCUCGGCAGACUAUUACAUAAGAGUAUGCAAUAUCCACCGGAAAAUCCGAGGGGUAGGUAUCAAACCUUACCAAGCUAUUUGGUAACCAUGUUUGUGACAUUGGCGAGAGCGAGGCUGUGGGGUGUUUUGAAGAAUCUUUGGAGGUGGUUACCCGGAAAGGGUGUGAGGAGACCAAAGUCCUUGUAUGCACUGUAUCUGGAGUUACUUGCAAGGGAGGCAGAGGUGAGGAUUACGAUUGAGGGAUUAAGGUUCUUGUUGUCGGAUUAUGAAAAGGAGUAUGCUGGGAGGGAGGAUGUGUCUGAUGGGGUUGCAGAGGGUCUAGUGGCCUGCGUGGAGUUCAUUGAAGCACGGGUGCCGGGGACUGGCCAGGAGUUUGGGAAUUGGAGGAGACGAAGUGAAGCUUUUUUGAGCGGUGGGAAGGUGACCCCGGAGAAAGGAAAUUAUACAUACGUUAUUUAG